CGAGGCUGUGCUCGCCUGGACGAUCCAGCAACACCGUGCACGAAUCGACAAAUGCCAGCGGUGCACGCCGCGUUUGGCCCUUUUGCGGUUCAAUAACAGGGAAUCAAAACGUCCAGCGCCAUGACGACCCGCUGCAGCCCCUGUCAAGACACGCCUGGCUCGCCCCAGCCUGUCUGUUAUAUUUGUCUUCGUGCAUGCACCCACAUUUGUUUGACUGGACCUCAGCAAUUGCGCCAGGUGCACCUGCUGCGCUCGCCCUGAAACGCCUUUUCACCUGCCCGACCUAAGCAUAAAGCUCCGGCUACGACUACCUACUGAGGUUUUGAAUCGCUAACAUCUCAUCAACAACAAAUCAACAAUGGCACGCCAACACUCGCGGUCGUCGCACGACUACAGAUCGUCGCGAGAGCAAACAUCGAGAGAUUACGCCCCACGCGAACAUAACAACGAGAAGCCGCGAAAACGCUCACGUCAGCACUCCGCACAUGGUCCACGAGGUGCUCGUUCGCACUCACUGCCGCAAUACAAUCACAAUGGGCACAAGGUCACACCGGGCGUCCACCCGGACGGUGAGAGUGGCAGGAGGGGAUUCAACCCCUUUAAGUUCUUGAAGAUCGCCUUCAAGAGCAGCAGUACGCUCUCGAUGAUGGUGAACUGUCUAUGGCCCAUUGUUCCUGUGGCGAUUGCAUUGCACUUCGCAAAGCCUGAAUGGAAGCUCGCCAUUUUCAUCACCAACUACAUUGCCAUGGUCCCGGCCGCCAACAUGCUGGGUUUUGCUGGUCAGGAACUGUCGCGCAAGAUGCAUCAGAAGGCCAUCGCCGUUGUCCUGGAGACGACACUGGGCUCGGUGGUCGAGAUCAUCCUCUUUAUGGUGCUGCUCAAGACCGACGUCAAUGGAUCGAACGUACCUGUCAUCAGGGCUGCCAUCCUGGGAUCAAUCUUGGCCAACCUUCUGCUUUGCCUUGGCUCCUGCUUUGUCGCCGGCGGCAUUCAGCACGAUGUGCAAGAGUUCCACGAGGCCGUCUCCGAGUCAGGUAGUGGUUUGAUGCUGGUCGCUGCGAUGGCUCUUGUUCUCCCGGCCGUCUUUGCCAAGUAUUUGAUGAACAACACCGACUACGAGAUUCCCACCCCUACCUUCGUGUUGGACAAUGCAACCAGGAUUUCGCGUGGUGUCGCCAUCAUCUCGCUUGUCGGCUACCUCAUCUACGUUGCCUAUCAGACCAUAUCUCAUGACGGACUGUUCCACGAGAUCUACGAGGCAGAUGAGCACAAGGAUGCGGAUCGUCACGAGGAAUUGGCCAAGCCGAAGUUCACCCUGACGGAAGCUUUUGUCGCCUUGAUCAUCUCGUUAGCUUGCGUCUCUUUGAUCGCCAUCUUCCUGGUCGAGCAGAUCCACUUCAUGGUAGCAGAGCGUCACGUCAGUGAUGCUUUCGUUGGACUCAUCUUGAUUCCGCUCGUCGAAAAGAUCGCUGAACAUCUUCUUGCCAUUGACGAAGCUUACGACAAUCAAAUCAACAUGGCAAUGGCUCACGUUAUGGGUGCAUCCAUUCAGACCGCCCUGCUCAACGCCCCUCUCGUCAUCCUUGUCGGCUGGGGUCUGCGUGUUCCACACAUGGACUACAACUUCGCUAUCUUCGAUGCCGUCGCGCUCGUCCUCGCCGUGCUUGUGGUGGGUUCCUUCCUCCGCGACGGCAAGUCGAACUACUUGGAGGGUGCCCUGUGCAUCAUGGUAUACAUCAUCAUCGCCAUCUGCGCCUUCUUUUUCCCGAACCCAAUGCCGGUUGGUGGUGGUGGGCAUUGAGCAAGGAUUGUCUUCAUAGGCUGUUAUCAAAAUUGUCUACAGAUUGGAUCGAUAUGAGCGUGGAGUCCCGGUUGUUUACGUACAGGGUGUACGGGCGAGGGUCUGGAUGCAAGAUAGCAGUGCUUCUUGUCUGUCAUUUAGCGAGCCAGUUGGAUAAUCAUAAUCUCACCACGAAUGCAACAGUUCAUCAAAUUAUCGUCAGAAUUGAUUCUCAGUAUUUGAAUGCGACGUCGUCGAUUAUGAUGCGGCUGCCGCUCGACCGACUUCAGUCGUGCGCUAAGUCGUGUAUGGCUUAGCGUAUACCGGAGAAUCGUUGAUGCCGCCCCGCCCACACAACGGAAUUCGUCGAACUUCACGCAGG